AUGUCUGUUAUAGACGUUUCGGUAGUGGUUGAUCUCUUGAUUGCGAUUUAUCAUUUUAUUAUCGUUAUUACUGCUGCGGAGUCUCGGUCAAAUCUGACGCUCGCAUGCUACCGUUGUGAGGUUUGUGCUUGCUCAAUCGCCGGCGACUUGCAAUCACUUUCGUUCUUUUCUUCUUUUUCGUCGACCUGUGCUCCUCUCAAUUCUUUAUGUUUUAACAUAUUCAUAUUGGAUGUCAUGCAUCCCCAGAGUUUUAUGCAAAAUUGAUUAUGACAAUAAGCCCAUCACUAAAAAAAAGAUCCAUGUCAUCCUAGUUUUCAGCAAUUUGUUCGUUCGCCGAAAAAAAAUCAGUUUCGAUGAUGUUCAUUAGAAAAAUAAAAAAUGGGCUGAG